AUGACCGUCCAAGUUACUGGCAAGCAGGUUGGCCCUAUCGGCUAUGGGCUUAUGGGGCUGACGACCGGCGGUGCUCAGACCGACGAGCAACGGUUCGCGGCCAUCAAAGCCGCCCUCGAGUCUGGCUGCAAUUACUUUAACGGUGGCGAGUUCUACGGCACCCCAGAGGAAAACUCUCUCACAUUGCUGAACCGAUACCUGGCCGCGAAUCCGGCGGACGCCGACCGCAUCGUCCUCAACGUCAAGGGCGGCUUGGGCCCAGACAUGAGCCCCGCAGGCUCCAAGAAGGAUGUGGCCAAGAGCAUCGACAAUGUAUUGCGAAUGCUUGGUCCGCAGGGCCGCAUCGCUCAGUUUGAGGUUGGCCGAAAGGAUCCCAAGGUCGACUACGAGGAGGACACGUUGGCCACGAUUGACGAGUACGUCAAGAGCGGCAAAAUCGGCGGCAUCUCCCUGAGCGAGGUCAGCGCCGCCACGAUCCGCAGCGCCGCCAAGCGGUUCAAGAUUACGGCUGUUGAGACGGAGCUCUCGCUGUUUCAUACCGAUCCCCUCACCAAUGGCAUCCUUGAGGCAUGCGGUGACCUCGGCAUUCCCGUGAUAGCAUACUCACCUCUUGGUCGAGGGUUUCUCGGCGGGCAGCUCAAGUCGCUCGACGACCUCCCCGCCAACGAUCGCAAGCGCAUAUUCCCGCGCUUCCACGAGGACAACUUUUACAAGAACCUCGAGCUCGUGCGCGCUGUGGAAGGUAUCGCGAAGCGCAAGGAUUGCACUACAGGGCAAGUUGCCAUUGGGUGGGUCGUAGCCAUGUCUCGUCGACCAGGCAUGCCCACGAUUAUCCCGAUUCCUGGAUCGUCCAAGGCCGAGCGCGUGCGGGAGAAUGCAAAGGUGGUGGAUUUGACGGAUGCCGAGCUGAAGGAGAUUGAUGGGAUUCUCAAGGCGUUUGUGCCUGCCGGCGAGCGGUAUCCCGAACGGUUCAUGGCGUAUGUUGAGGGAUAG